AUGACAAGGAGUAGAUCUGUAUCGGAAGAUCCAUUGUCUGAUAUUGAGAAUAUCGAUCCUGAACAACAAGAAAAAGAUCAACCCAUUCCAAAAAAGAGAAAAAUAGAAGAAGAUACCAAUGGUAGUACCAGCACCUUCCCAUUAUCAGUAACUACGAUUGAAAAUCCAUUACAAUUCAAAUCAUCAACAUAUAGUUCACCCAUUCCGCAAGCCAUUCUCGAUGAUAAAGAAAGUUCUGUGGUACUUGGAGUAGAUGAAGCAGGUAGAGGGCCUGUAUUAGGAGCUAUGGUAUAUGGAGUUGCAUAUGCAUUAGAGAAUUUUCUGAAUUCAUUACAAAAGAAGUAUGGUUUCGCUGAUUCUAAAACAUUAAAGGAAGAAAGAAGACAAGAAUUAUUUGAUUUAAUUGAAAAUAAUAAUGAAGAAUUACAUGAACAAGUGGGAUGGGCUACCACUACAUUAACAGCCCGAGAUAUAUCAAGUGGGAUGUUAAAAGGAUCAGGUAAAGUAUAUAAUUUAAAUGAACAAGCUCAUGAUACUACUAUUGAUUUAAUUAAAUUAGUGAUAUCCCAAGGAGUUAAUCUUACUAAAGUCUAUGUUGAUACGGUUGGACCUCCUCAAACCUAUCAAACUAAAUUAAGUAAAAUAUUCCCCGGGAUUGAUAUAACGGUAGCAAAAAAAGCUGAUAGUAUAUAUCCUAUAGUAAGUACUGCAUCAAUUGUUGCUAAAGUUACUCGAGAUCAAAAUUUAAAAUGGUAUAAUGAGAAUGUCAUAAUAUUAAAUAAUCAUAAAUUAGGAUCAGGAUAUCCUAGUGAUCCCAAUACAUCUAAAUGGUUAAAUUCAAAUGUUGAUAAAGUAUUUGGAUGGUGUUAUGGAUUUAUUCGAUUUUCAUGGCAAACUGCUAAAGAUAGUUUAAUUAAACAUGAUGGAGUGAAUGUAAUCUAUGAACAACAAUGUAUGAAGAAAGAGAAAGGGUAUAAUGAUGUGGGUAAUUUUUUUAAUGGAACAUCCCCCAAUUCUAGCCAAAAGGUUAUACCAUCAUUUAUAGAUAAACUGUAUUAUAAUUCAGAUAUAGUUAACCUUUAG